UAAAAACCCUCUUUAACAAUGCUAAUUGUAAAUAUUGUUUUAUUAAAGCUGCUUAAAUUUUGAUAUGAGUAGAGCACUCUUGUAUGGGAUAUACUGACUUUUUUAUUUAAAGAAACCACGAUCAACCGCCUCUUAAAAGAUCACGGGAAAAACAGCUCGAAAGAACUGUAUUUGACACGAAUUUUUCUUAUAAAAAAAACAUUUUUUUUUUAAGAAUCUCACACCAAGAAAUACUCAAAAGUUGGCGCUAUGAACGACGUACAACUCUAUGAGGAAGCAACAUUGUAUAUCUUGUACUUAAUUAAUACGCAAAAAAUAUAAAAUUCCUUGUUUUUUUUUGCCUAUUUACUUACAAGAAGUAACAUUUGCGCCAAAAAAACUCGUUCCUCGAGAUUCCUUACGCAAAUCUGACUGGAUUUCCUGCUCCUCAUUCAACAAGAAUUCCGAAUAAAUUAUGUGGAUUAUGUUUUUUUUUUAUCUCUAUUAGUUGGUAUAUUAUAGCUUGUAAUUCAAAUUAGGUUGAAGAAAAUGCUAAGAAAAAGCUCCUGGGAAGCUUUUCUCAAGACAAAUUGAAUAUUAAAAAAAAUAUGUUUUUUGAUGAUCCCAAAAAUUGCGUGUUCAUUUAGUGUUUAUAGUUCGUGCAUAAUUACAAUGCUACAUUGCAAAUGCGAUUGGAAUUACUGAUAAAAUCCCUCCAUGUGUGCUCUUUGUGAGCUUUUCCAUCGCAAGCAAUUUUCUGCUUUUGGAAUUUUUUUUUGUAAAUAACAAAAAAAAACUCUAAAAGCAUGCCCAAACGAGAUCGGUGGGAGGGAAAAGCUCACGUGCCCAUUAGAGAACGAAAAAAAAUGCUCAUGUGGAAAAUGCUCUCUCACUCCAGUACAAUACCGUCUUCUGUGCACAUCAAAUGCAAAUAAAAUUCUGUGAAAAAUCUCUCAAAUCGCGCGUGAAGUUGUAAAAUACGAAAAAUUGUUCUUGGGUGCUUUCAAAGUCAUCGGGGUUGAGCCCCAAAAAAUCUUUUAUUUUUAUUUGGAAAAUUGUCUUACAAUAUUUUUAUUUAUUUAUUUUUUAAUUUAAUGAGCUGAAAGUGAGUUUUCUAAGUUGGUAUACCACAUAAAUAUUUGUGAAUAGAAUGGUUUGUGUUAACCCUUGGAAGAUUAAAGGGAGCCUGAAAUCUUUGACCUUAAUUUUCACUCAGAAAGAAAAUCUUUUCCAAGUUUUCUUUCGAUGAGGUAAUGGAACUUUCUUAUACACCAGAUGCAGAAUAUUCUGUGGCGAUUGAAAAAGGUCCAAUCACCCAUUGUGGUCAGUAAAAUCCUCUAAGGGUUAAAGAUAAUUUCAAUUGUCUUAUUCUUAUCUUAAAAUAUUAUAAAAUAUCCGAGAGGACGCAUAUAAUGCCAGUAAAUCAAUUAAAAAGAGCAAAAUCUGUUUUUAACUCAGAUAUGUUUAACCCUUGGAGGAUUUAGCAGACCACUGCUGUGGCUAAUUCGAUCUUUUUUAAAUCGUCACCGAAUUGAGAUCUAAUUAUUAUUUCGUGAAAAAUUCUAUAUCUGUUUGUAAGAUUACUUCAAGUUCAUCGAAAGAAAAUUUGAAAACACAUUUUCUUGUUGUGAAAAAAGUGACACAACACAAUGAUGCUCAAAGUUUUAGGUAAAAAAUAUCGAUCCUCCAAGGCUUGAGGUGUUGUGGAAUUUUCGCCUAGUCGGCUUUUUAAAUUUUCUUGAAGUUAUUUCUCAAGGAAAAUUCUUGAAAUUUUGCACAAGAGUUCUUAAGCUCUUCCUUUAACACUUCGAUCGAAGUUUCUAACCUCAAAAGUUUGACUUUCAUUUUUUCUCAAAAGAAAAUAUUUUUCCAAGUUUUCUUUCAAUGAUCUUGAAGUAAUAAACCUUCUUUAUAGACAGACGAGGAUUUAUCACGAAAUAUUAAAUCAAUUUUAAUUCUGUGGCGAUCAAAAAAUAUCGAAUUGACCACUUUAUCCAGCAACAUCCUCCAAGGGUUAAUCGAAUCUUAUUUGAAUUUUAGGAAAAUAAAAACUUUUUACUCAAUUUUUAUGCAGUUUAUGUCAGUAAAGAAAAUUUUCUGUUUGUACUAAAAUGGACAAAUCUGGGUUAAUUUUGUGGUAUUCUUUAAAUAAAUUUUUAAAAAAUUUAGUAGAAUUAAAUUAAAAAGUGAAUUGAAAAAUCGUUUGAUUUAUUGAUUUGUGAAUUUGUCAUUUUUAACUUAUCACAAUGAUCAACAAGAUGUUGGAAAAAAUUAUAUUUUCCAUUUAGAUAGGGAUGAUAGGGCAAAAAGGUCUAAAAGACAGCCAUAUAUGUAUCUACUUUACCCCCUGCCCUAAGUUGCUUGUUGCCAUAUCACAUUUCUCGUCAUUUUUUUUUCGCAGAAAUUUAAUAUUAAUUUAAAUAUUUAAAGUAUUAUUGUAAGAUGCUAUGCGUAAUUGUUAAAAUUUGACGCUGUAUCAAUGCGAUAGAAGGAAUAAUAUUAAUCUAAUAUUUUUCACCUCCACCGCUAAUCAAAUAAUUCUUUUUCUCUCUUAGCAAUAACAAAUUUAGUGGAAAAUUUAUUUUAUUCUUUUACUUAGUUGCUGUGUGCGGGGGAUGUCAAUGCGAGAGAGAGCUUUCUUUGAAACUUUGUUUUUGCCUUCUGGUACUUUAUUUGUUCUCUAUGCCAAAAGCAUGAGUUUUAUGUAUAUGUAAAGUUUUUUUUUCGGCACUUCGCGAUCUUAUUUUUAUUUAUCGGCACGAUCCCACAACACUUGGCACUGUCGCGCGCCAACUUGUGUGAGUCAGUUGAGCUUUAAGCGUCGAUCGAGACACAAUUGAUCACGAAGAAUUCCUGAGAAGAUCACUCUGAGAAUAUUACUUUAACUCUACAUUUAAAAAACAAAGUUAGUUUUGUGAUAAGAAAACCAUUAAAUUUUGAAUUUUUAUGUUAGCAACAGACAUUCUUAAUGUAAAUAUUUUAUCGUGAGAUCGGUUUUUUGUUGUUGUUUUGUGCUAUAAGAAUUUUAAAAGAUUGAGAUCGUGACGCAAUGACCGUCCCGAAUGAAUCAACAACAGCAGUGAAAGUAUCGCGCCCAAUUUAUCGGUUAGAGCAGAUUAAUCAGAAUUUUCAGUAUGAAAAUCACAAAGAGAACAAAUGGAAAUCAGUGGUGCACAAAGUCAAGCAAAUUGACUUCUUCCGAACACUCGUGUCUGUGAUCCCCAUCCUCGACUGGGGACGAUCGUACUCAGCCCAAAAUGAUCUUCUACCGGAUUUCAUUUCGGGCUGCACAGUGGCUGUGAUGCACAUCCCCCAGGGUAUGGGGUACGCCCUCCUGGCCAAUGUACCACCAAUUAUGGGGAUCUACACGGCAUUCUUUCCUGUUCUCAUCUACUUCCUGUUUGGCACGUCACGUCACAACUCAAUGGGGACCUUCGCUGUGGUUUCCAUAAUGGUGGGGAAGCUAGUCGUUAAGUAUGCGGGAGAUGCGAAUUUACCUGAAGAUGAAAAUCUCCCCACAUCCCUCGAUGUGGCAACAAUUGUGACCUUUAUGGUGGGUGUGUACCUCCUAGUCUUCUACAUCUUUCGUCUGGGUGUUGUAUCAACUCUCCUGUCGGAUGUCCUUGUGUCUGGCUUCACAACGGGCUGUGCCAUUCAUGUCUUCACGUCGCAAGUGAAGGAUAUCUUGGGAUUGUCAUUGCCACAGAUCCCGGGAUACUUUGACGUCGUCAUCACGUACUAUGAGAUAACACAGAGAAUCUCAACGGCCAAUUGGGUGGCGUGCUGCAUUUCGGGCAUCUCAAUUGUGGUGCUCAUCAUCAACAAUGAACUGCUGAAGCCACGCCUGGCUAAGAUCACAAUUGUCCCCAUGCCAAUUGAGCUGAUUGCCGUCGUGACGGGCACCCUAGUAUCGAGUCAGCUGCGUCUCGCCGAAGAUUGGGGUGUAAAUACCAUUCAGAACAUCCCCCUGGGAUUCCCCGUGCUCACACCCCCUAAAUUCGCCCUUGUCAGGAGCAUCGCUGCAGACAGCUUCAUCAUUGCCAUUGUCUCGUACACGGUCGCCGUGUCCAUGGCAUUGAUCUUUGCGCAGAAAUUCCACUACAAAAUUCGCUUCAAUCAGGAACUCUUGGCGAUGGGCAUUGGCAAUGUAUUUGGCUCCUUCUUCCAAUGCAUUCCCUUUUGUGCUUCCCUGUCGCGAUCUGUUAUCCAACAGACUGUUGGUGGACGCACACAGGUGGCUUCGGUGGUUUCCUGCAGUAUCCUCGUCUUCAUUCUUCUGUGGGUGGGAAAAUUCUUUGAGCCACUGCCCAAGUGUGUAUUGGCCAGUAUUAUUCUGGUGUCCCUCAAGGGGCUCCUCAUGCAGUACAAGGAUUUCUUCAAGUUCUGGAAAUGCAGCCGACUCGAUGGCUUCAUCUGGCUCACGACAUUCCUCACAGUUGUUCUCGUGGCCAUUGAUGUGGGUCUCAUUGUGGGCAUCACACUCAGCAUCCUCACACUCCUGCUGAAGAGCCUCAAGCCGUACGUUUGUCUCUUGGGCAGUGUACCCGGCACGGAGAUCUACCUCGAUGUGACCAAGUACAAGGGAACCGUGGAGAUUCCAAAUGUGAAGAUUUUUCACUACUGCGGCUCACUGAAUUUCGCCUCACGCGACCAAUUCCGGAAGCUCCUCUUCAAGCACACCGGGGUGAAUGCAAAGAAGAUCCCAUCGAGUGAUGGACUUAAGGAUGAAUCGCCACACGAUGUGAGGUGUAUCGUGAUGGAUUUCUCGGCGGUGACUUAUGUGGAUUCCGGGGGAUUUACCACGCUCAAGGCAAUUAUUGAGGAACUCAGUGCACGUGGUAUUCUAGUAUUAAUUGCAGCCAUUUCGUGUCCCGUGUAUGAGGGGUACAAAAAGUCAAAUUUGUAUGAUUUAGAGAAGGAAGGUAUGAGUAAGACUUUCCCAACAAUUCACGAUGCAGUCCAGUACGCGCUUGAGAAGAACAUUCCAAUUAGUAUUACGUAUGAAUCCAUAAGACUUUGAUGGUGUAGAAGGAGCUGGCAAAUGCAGGUGUAUAGAUUUCAUUUUUUUCUAAAUAAUCGAGUGCAAUUUCCAUGUGUACUUGGAGGAAUAAUCUCAAGGAUUUAAUAAGUUAUUGAAAGAUAUAUUUUUUAUAUAAACAUAUAGUGGUUUAUUUUCACAAAUUUGUUUUUUUUUGUAGAAUUAAAACUCAUUAAUAAAUUAUCUUGAAGAUAAA